CCAGGCGAGCGUGUCUUCUUUCUUUUUCUAAGAGCAUUGCUCGAAGGGCAACUGCAGGCGCGUUGGGGAAGAGGCUGCUCCCUCCGGCAAGGCAGACCCGAUGGCGGCGGCGAGGAUCCUGGUCUUGCCCUCUCCCCGCUGCCUGUGGGACGAGCCCGUCCAAGUGAAAGUCGAGGGUCUUGGUCCCCUGCAGGAGGUGACGCUGCGAGCAUCCUUGGUGGACGAGAGCGGCGAGCUUUUCCAGUCGUUCGCCUACUACCGGGCUGGCAGCAGCGGCGAGCUCGACCUCAGCCGCUCGGCGUCGCUGGGCGGCAGCUACUCCGGAGUGGAGCCCAUGGGGUUGCUGUGGUCGCUGGCAUCCCAGACGCCCUUCAAGCGCCUGGCCAAGAGGGACGUCCUCAGCCCUUUCCGCGUCACCUACGAGGUGCUCGACGGGCGCGGAGUCUCCGGGCGGCUCCUCGGCGAGUGCUGCAGCGAGAGGAGCUUUCUGGCCGACGGGGUGGAGAGGAUCCCGGUGCGAGAAGGCAGGCUCCGAGCCACGCUCUUCCUGCCACCCGGCCCUGGACCAUUCCCAGGACUCAUUGAUUUGUAUGGAAGUGGAGGAGGUCUUGUGGAAUACAGAGCCAGUCUUCUGGGAAGCCGAGGUUUUGCUACACUGGCUGUUGCUUACAUGCACUUUGAGGAUUUGCCAGCUUUCCCAGAGUUAUUUGAACUGGACUAUUUUGGUGAGGCUGUAGAGUUCUUGCGGAAACAGCAGCAGGUGAGAGCUACAGCGAUUGGAGUCCUAGGGCUUUCCAAGGGAGCAGAUCUUGCCCUUGCUCUAGCUACAUUUUGGCCAGGUAUCAGAGCGGCUGUCAGCAUUUCUGGCUCAGGUGUUAAUGCUUUCACCCCCCUGCGAGUGAAGGGGCGCACUAUUCCUGCCCAUCCAUAUGACCCACAGAAGAUUAAGGACAGCGGUGAUCCCAAAGUUGUGGAUUUCUCAGAAAUCAUGGCCGAUCCCAAAGACCCAGCUACUUGGAAUUGCCGCAUCCCUGUGGAGACGUCCUUAGCCAACUUCCUUUUUCUGUCGGGGCAGGAUGACAAAAACUGGCCAAGUGAAUCAUUUUGUCGAGAAGCCGUUGGGCACCUCAGGCAAAAUGGGCGCCAUGUGGAGUUCUAUUGCUACCCUGGGGCAGGGCACCUCUUAGAGCCCCCCUAUCUGCCCCUGUGCUAUUGCUCAUUUCACAGGGCAUUCGGAAUUCUUGUGGCCUGGGGAGGAAAAUGGAGGGAACAUGCAAAAGCACAGGAAGAUGCCUGGCAAAGGAUACUGGCUUUUUUCAGACAACAUCUGCUGGAUUCCACCAUUAAAAGUAAUCUGUAGAUUGUGGUUUUGUAUAUGUGUGAAGGAGCUGGUUCUUAAUGUGCACAUCCCACUUGAGAUGCCGAGAACAGGUGCGACCUCAGCCAAGGGAAUUGGUGAAAGCACAUUUUCCUCAAUGGCUCUUCCAGAUGAAGGGCUAUGAGCACUUUGUCGGGAUAUAAGUGUAAUGAGUUUGAUCUAUUCAGCUUCAUCUUGGAACUCAGAUUUGAAAUAACUUGUCAUUUUGCAGCCAAACAAAGGCAUGACAAGUUUACCAGCGCACCAGUGCCCUGGUCAUGUGGCAGAGAAAGGUCAUACCUAGCACACAUGCAGGGGUGUAUCCUCCAUUCACCUGGCCACUUCAUUUCCUCUUGUCUCAUGUCAUCAAAAAGGUCUUUUAAAGGAAUCAAUCUCUACUCAUAUCAAGCCAGACCUUCUUGUGAACUCUAUCACUUCGCAAAAUUUUGCUUUCCUUACAUCCUUACAAAUACAUUUAUUAUAUUUAAGAUCAACCUUAAAUAAUUAAUCAGUACAUUAAUAUGCAUUUAGCAUCCACACACCUUGUUGGUACCUGGUAAGAGAAUGGCUUGACAGAGAGAUCAGAGGGAGUGGUGAUAAUGCAAUGGAUUAUUGCUGGCUGAGGCUCGAUGAGAAAAUUUUCCUGAUAUGACAAUAAAAAAACUCAAUAGAACAAUAGAAUAAAUGGUGCAGAGGAUGGCAUUUGGUAGGGCACAUUAAUAGUGCAAUCUUAUACCUGUCUUCUCAGAAGUAAGCCCUAUGGAGUUCAAUUAGAUGUAUUCCCAGAUAAAUAUGUAUUUGUUUGGAGUCUAGGAAUACAAAACAGUAGCAAAUCUAGAAAAUCAUUUUAGGACAAAAGUGAACAGCGACAAACAGAGGAGUCAUCAAACUAUGGUACGAAUUACCAACAAUAAACAUGAUUUCCUCUUGUUUCAGCGUAGUCGUUCGUUUUAGAAAUAAAUAAAGAGUAACUACACUGCCGAGACUAUUUAUAAAACUUAACAGAAGGCCAGUGUGGUGUAAUGGCUGGAUUGGGAUUAUGGACUUUAUGGCGCCCUGUUUUAGCCACUGUGCUACAUCUAGAGAAUAAUAUUCCUCUUAACUUUCAUUGAAAUCCUAUGCAUGUCAACUCAGAUGUACCGUAAGUCUUGGAGGGGAGGAGUCUCUAGGGAUGAGGAACCUGCACUCCUCCAGAUGCUGCUGAACUCCAGCCAGGGGUAAUGGGAGCAAGAGUGUAGCACCUGGAGGCCACGCCACAGCCAGGUUCCCCACUUCUGAUUUAGCCUGUACUUUGAUUUUUUGGCAGAGAAAGUAUAUUCAUGUUUACCAAUCCACAUUUACAAAUCCAUUUAUAUGUAGUGCAUGAAAAAUGCCACACUCUUGAAGUAUGUCACUGUUCUUCCUUUGCUUUGUAUAGCUCUAUCCAUUAAGCAUUUUGUACUGAUAACAUUUCUUUAUAUGUAUGUAAUUAAAAGCGGAAAGAGCUGGCUCCACAGGGAUUCUAUGAAGUUUAAUGUGAUAUUGCUGCUUGUUAUGUUCUGAAAUAUUUUUGCAAAUUACCUAGAGAGCCAGUGUUGGGGUGUGUGUAUAAAUAAGAGAGUAUAAAUAAAGAAUCUAAAACUA